AUGUCUCUGAUCCCUCAGCGCAAGCCAGAUCGUCCACUCUUGCCUGAAAAGACCAGCAGCGUGAACUGGGCUCACAAAGCGGCGGGCUGCCCAGCAACCAGAGGCGAAGUCAAGAGCAGAGCCGCAAGACUCAAGAAGGCCAGAAACAGCAGAGGCCAGAAGAAGAAUGAAAGAUGCAUUGAAGAAGCCCGCAAGUUGCAGCCCUCCCUUUUGGAACUUUCUCCCUUGCUGUCCUCGUUGUCUUCCCCUGUAGCUCCCUUGUCGCCUCUACAUUCCAGCCAACGUGUCAAUUCCAGGUCUCUCGGCAGCAUCAACAAAAACCACAGGCAGAAUAGCUCCCCUUCUCUGGAGCUGGUGGCUGGAACACGUGAGAAUGAAACCCAGGACAGCUUGAAUGCUCCUGUAGCUGUUGCUGCCCAGCCUUCCUCCCAGACUUUCCCUGCAUCGUUGUCAUCAAAAACCAGUGCAAUACAGCAGAAACCGACUGCCUACGUGAGGCCAAUGGAUGGUCAAGAUCAAGCUCCGGACGAGUCGCCGGAGCUCAAGCCGCUUCCUGAGGAAUACCACGAACAGUCCUACGGGAAAAUAGCAAACGUGAAAACAAACGUCAAGCCCAACUUGCCCAACUUGCCCAAAUUGAAAAUGCCUGUUGAAGCGACUGAGGUUAGUGGAAUUGCUGCUCUUUGUUUUGGUUUUCCUUUGGUGCAGUAA